AUGAUCCUGGACGAAAUGGCCCCGAAUGAUAUGGUCUUGGACGAAACGGUCCCUGACAUUCCGGUCCCGAACGAGAAACAGGACAAAGUGAAUGCCGAAAGUGAAUUAGAAACCAUCCGGAAGCAGGUUCAUUUCGAUGCUCGAGCGCAGUGUCAACUUGUCCCUUCGUCCGAUCCGAAUGCGUCCGGAGCUGUGGAACUCCGAUACGACAGGCUGGAAGGAGUUGGAAGGAGCCGGAACAAUAUGAACGUCAUCCGGACGCGAAGCUGCUUCCUCGGGACGGGACUGGAGGCGUGGAUCAUCAACCGACAGCGGAAGGCCUUCCUCGAGACCCGGCAGGCGCUCGAGGUCAAGCUGGUCAUCGAGGAACAAACUCGGAAGCAGGAUCGGGCUCGAACCCGCUCCCCAUUCACACGUCCUGAUCCCUCUCUUCAAGGGUUUCGAUCCCUUCGAGAGUCUCGAUGCCUUCCCUCGCGAGCCUCCAUCUAUUUCCUCACGAGUCUCGAUCCACUCCCCCACUGGUCUCGAUCUAUUCCCCCAGGAGUCUCGAUCCCGUCCUUCCCCAUGCCACAUAAUGGAAGUCUGUCCCGGGAAGAAGACCCAUCCAUCGAGGAUAUGAAAAUUGUAUGA